UGGAACGGUGAUGAGUUAAUUUUAAAAUUGAGCGCAUCGCUGACACGUCUCUGUUGUGUUUUUUGUGUUCUUUCUUGGCUCCUUCAAAGCAAUUUGUUUUAUUUUUUGUGUGGUGUAUGAAAGUAUAUUUCGCCGCGUAUAGCAUCGUAGUAGACGAGGUUGUUUAUGUGUCUGUGCAUCUGGGAAUCAACCACAGCCUGGUCCUGUACAUAACGGCUGUUCAUGAUACUCGCCUCGUUUAUUGUUGCGAGAAGAUACCGCGAACCGUGGUUGUUGGAUCACUGAGUGUGUGUUUGUGUUGAUGCUGUUUUUUUGUUUUUGGUGGAAGAAUAUCUGUGUGGUGUUAUUAUAACGCAAAGGCAACGACGUAUCGUAUCUUCCGUUCGGUUCAUUGUGGCAUUUCAUAUUUAAAACGGUAGUGCGAGCAAGUAGUGGUGGUUGUUGUUAUUCUUCCCAUAUCAAUGUGCAUGAGUGUGUGUGUACGUAGCUAUGUAUGUGUCCGUGUUUUGUUGGGAAUGAUACUCGCUCAAUAUGGAAUAAGCUGCUAUACAUAACAACAUUACAAUACGCUACCUACAAAAAUAACCGGCAGCUGAAUUAGUGACAGUAGCAGUAGCCCCGCUUCAGCGUUUCAACAUUUAUCCAUUGGAGGUUCAGUGAAGAGUUCGUCGGAGAAGUUAAAUUGGCGACGGCGUAUACCAAAUAAAAAUAAGAAAAAAGUGAAUUUAUAAUAAAAGAAAUAUUGUGUUUGUUUUUUACUUGUGGGCUGACUACUUGAUUGGAUGAUAUACAUACAUACCUACCCCCAUCUCCCCUACACCAACAUUCGAACACGAAGUUCCCGAAUAUAGAUUUCAAAAUAUCCGUUUCGCCUGGUGUUGUUCAUUGGUAGUUAGCCACUUGAAGCUAGUUUGUGAUUAUAUACGGUGCAAUAAAGAAAUCACAGCAUAUUUAUUUACGUUUGCGGACCAAAAUUGCUAGGAACUCCCGAUGGUAUUAAUGCCAACACUAACCAAAGAAGUAGCUACUUGGUAAUAGUGAAAAAUAAAAGAUAUAAUGAGUGCAAAACCCAAUAUGGUAUUCCCAUGAAAUAAAUCAAUCCACAGUAAUGAUCAGUGAAAACCAGUUCGAAACAAAUGGACAAAGCUCAAGCCAAUAAGUCCAUAAACGCGAGUGCUUUCAAUAAAAGAGAGAAAAUAAAUAAGGAAGUUCAAACAAGUUCAAAAAAGGAAAAAACAAAUUAACUUAUUUUUUGUUAAAUUUAUUCAAACGAAAAACGUACCUCCAUUUGUGUGCUCCACCCGAUUACACAAACGCCACCAAAAUUAUUCACAUCAUCGCUGCAAGUAUAGUAUGCAAAGUUGUUCACAGUGGAUUCAACGAAUAAAAUGGCCGUUGGACCGACGGAGGGUAAACAACCUCAACCUCCUCAAGAAAAUUUCUCACCAGCACCCGCCACCGUACCCAUUGUUGCUGCUGCCCAUCAAAUCAUAGCACCCAGUCCCAUUUUGGCCAUACCGACGCUUGCCUUUUCAGCCGCCCAAGUGGAGAUUGUCUGCAAAACACUGGAAGAUUCCGGCGAUAUAGAACGUUUAGCCAGAUUUCUCUGGAGUUUGCCGGUUGCGCUGCCCAAUAUGCACGAAAUAUUGAAUUGUGAAGCGGUAUUGAGGGCACGGGCCGUGGUGGCAUAUCAUGUUGGAAAUUUCAGGGAACUUUAUGCAAUAAUUGAAAAUCAUAAAUUUACAAAAGCUUCAUAUGGAAAAUUGCAGGCAAUGUGGCUGGAAGCCCAUUACAUUGAAGCGGAAAAAUUACGUGGACGAUCGCUGGGUCCCGUCGACAAAUAUCGCGUAAGGAAAAAAUUUCCCUUACCACCGACCAUCUGGGAUGGUGAACAGAAAACACAUUGUUUCAAGGAACGCACGAGAAGUCUCCUGCGUGAAUGGUACCUACAGGAUCCAUAUCCGAAUCCAACGAAAAAACGCGAAUUAGCCAAAGCGACGGGACUUAAUCCCACUCAAGUGGGUAAUUGGUUUAAAAAUCGUCGUCAACGUGAUAGAGCGGCGGCCGCUAAAAAUAGAUUACAACAUAAUCAAAAUUCCGGUCUCGGCUGCAGACGUCGACCCGAUGGUGCCCCCUCACCAACACCCUCAGACACCUCCGACUCUGACAUAUCGCUGGGUACCCACUCUCCGGUACCGGGUAGUUUACAUUUGCAACACAGCCCCGGUUCAACUUCGAAUGGCGCCAACGACGAAAGUCUCAGCAUUGAUGAUGAUAAACCACGAGAUCUGUCAAAUUCACUGUCGGGCAGUAAUUUACCAGCAUAUCCCAGCGCUACAUUGCCACCCUCAUGUUUGCCUUCGUUUAAACUGGAUGCGGCCGCCACAAGUCUUUUCAGUGCAGGAUAUUUGCAAAGUUUUGCCAACUUUAAAGAAAUGACCCAACAGUUUCCCAUACAACCGAUGGUGAUAAGACCACAUCCACAGCUGCCGCAAGCUUUGGCUGCCAUGAAUGGGGGUAAUCAUUUGCAUCCUAAUUAUGCCUCGGCGGCUUAUGUUGUCGAUUGUACGUCGCCACAAUCAUCGCAUCCACCAAAAAUACGUGUCAAUUCACCGGAAAAACUUAAUUUGACUGCGAACAGCAUAGCAGCAACACUGACGGCGGCGGUGGCCCAUCAUCCGCACCAUCAACAUCAGCAGCACCCCCACCUCCAACAGCAGCAUCUUCACCAGCACCACCAGCAACAGGCAGCAGCGCAUCAACACCCACCUACAAUAACAAUUCAAAAUCAACGUGGCAGCAGUAGUAGCCCCAGCAGUGUAUCCUCGGCAACAGCCUCCUCGGCGACAGCGUCGGCAACGUUGGCCACGGCCUCGGCAACAGCGGUAACAACGCCCUAUCAUCACAGCUCGCAAUUUUUACAUCGCCCAUUUUCUCCAUCGCCCGAUAUUGUAAAGCACAAUAGUGCUCCGGAGAUAACAUGAUGAUGUCUAAGCACCAGAGUCUAGUGCAAGGACACACAGAAGGAAAGGAGGCGGUUAUGGCAACAGAAGGUGGUAUUACGUACAAUUAUGUAAAAAAGUUUAAAAAGCAAUCAAAUGUUAGGCGUUAAAUAAUGCAAAAAAAAAAGAAAAUAACACACAUACACAGAAAAACGAUGGGAAGGGGGUGGUGCAUGUAACAGUGCGAAAAAUACAAAUUUACCAUUUGAAUAUACAAUACAAGAGAACAAAAGCGAAUUUUCUCCUUUCUGUUUUUUAAAAUUUUGAAAAUGUAAUCAUUUAGCGUGUAUUUUUUGAUUCGAAAGCCAAACAUAACCUAUAAUUUGAGAAUUAGAUGGUGGAAGGGAAGCACGUGACCGUUUAUCAUCUUGGAAGGGAGGAAAGGGAGCGGAAAUGCUAAUAUUUUACAUUGUUUGCCAGCCGCAAGAAAAGAAAACACGAACUUAAAGUAAAGUUACGAUUGUAAAGCAAAAAAAAUAUAUGAGAUUUUAGAAUUGAGUUGUCGCCAAGGAAUUUCAGAAAAUGUAUAGAUCAAUUAUAAUUACAACACUAUUUUCAAAUAAAAAUCGAGAUCCAUUUUCAUAGAGAUUAUUCAGAAUAUGAUGAGCACUUUUAAGAAUAAAUAAAAAUCAGUUGGAGAAACAGUUCGGCAAUAAAUUUAUCAUAACCGAUCUAUCUCUGAUUUUUUUCAAGCAAUUAGGUCGUUCAUCUAGUUUCAAGACUUACACAAUUAUUAUUUGAAAGUAUUAAAAUUAAAAAAUAUGAAAAUUUUAUUUGUAAUGAAGGUUUAUUUUGUGUUUUCAUUCGUGUCGUUAUGCAGAAACUGACUUUUACCAUAUUUAUUUAGUUCAGGUCCAAAUUAUGAAUUGACUUUGAAAAUGAUUGACAAAUGAGAUAAAAUCUUGGAAAGACUGAUGAAAAUUUAGGAAAUUUUGGAGCCACUGUCGAAUAAGAUGUUUCUUGCAAAAAGUUGAAAAAGUCCUUGGAAUACGAUUCUGAGGAUUGAAUGAUUUUCAAUUCAAGCCGUAUUUUAUAAUGUCUCUAAAUAUACAAAAAAUGUUCCUAGGUGCAGUAUGUAUAUUAACUCUUUACAACAUUCAACAUCGACUCACAAUUCGGUACAACAGUUCCGCCUUAUUAUAUAUCGUGGAUAUUAUAAAAAUAGUGGGUGAUAUCCUAAUAUAUACCUGUAGACCGUUUCUCUCUCUUCUAAUUUAUGGGAACUAUUCCCGUAAAAAGAAAUAUAGAAACAACUUUAGGUGAUUAUGGAUUGGGACCGAAAUAAUUAAAAAUUAAAUUAAGAAAAAUUGAUAAAACUAACCAAGAAUAGAAUUUUUGCUGAUUCUAUAAGUCGAUGGAACGGAAAUCCGACUUUUUUCUACCGAAACGUCAAAAAAGUUCCCGCACUGGAGAGCAAUUUUGCUCUGCAAUUAACGGAAAGUCGAUUUCAAAUCGGUUUUUGAGGGCGAUGCUGCUAAAGCAUUUACAAGUGUGUUGUAUAUACCGUAUUUGCUUAUGUUGGCUGUUGGCUUAUGUUGGGUCUCCCAUAAAUUCUUUCGUUCUCAACAUUUUUGUAUAUUGUAUACCAAAUCUAAGAAGCCAAAACAUCAGAAAGAAUUACAAGAACCUGGCAAAUUGUGUAUGCAAAAACACCAGAAGCAUCCCUUACAUGGAAAGAAAACAACCAUAACAUAAAAACUAGGAAAGUACUCGGACAGAGUCGAAUAUGCUCUAUUUGAAAGAAAAUAGUGGUAUUGAAAAACAAAACAGACUCUUUUUAUUUGUUUCUUCUUCUACUCUCAUUUGGAAGUAUUGAUCACUAGUAACGUUAACCACGACAUUGUUCAUUUUUAUUUUUAAAAAUAUAUCAGCUUUUUUUUAAUUUACAACAGAUGGAUGGCGGACAAAUUGUUCUAUACCAUAUUUUGGCAUGUAAAAUACUUUUACCUCCCUUCACAGUUAUAUGUUUUAGUGGUAGAAACAGACUCCAAAUAUUUCCGUUUUAUAUAUUUAGUUUUAGAAGUUAAUUUUAUAGUCUAAAAUCUCCACAUAUCAUCUAUCUGAAAGUUCUUUGGGAGAUCAUCCAGAUGCAUUGAUUCAUUCAAUCGACUCACACAAUAACAGCAAUAAGUUCGUCUUAUAAAUUUCGUCUUCAAAUUUACACGUCUUGAUGUUUGCCUUAUAGACAUCUCAGUCUGAGUUAAGAUCUGUCCAGUGCUUUUCUUUUAGUUACAACAUACAAUUUUCCAUUCUACAUUCAUUGAUUAUACUCAUAGUUUUUAUACACCUGGCCUUGGGCUACUUUUAUUUUUUUAUGAAAAUAACAUAUUCUAAUAUUAUUAUAUUUUUAUAAGGCAUCCACAUUUUUUAAUAAAAUGCAAAGAAAAUUUCACCCACCAAUUAAACAAAUAAUAAUCAGAAAAUGCAUUUCAAAUAUUCCCUUUUUCCUUCAUACCAAAACUCGCACAACUAGUUUACAAAAAAUACCACAGCACUACAUAACAUUUCAUCCUCCAACACCCCCUUCCCAACUACCCACAAAAUAUAAAACAAAAACCUAGUUAAAAGAAAAUUAUAUCCUAUACCCUUCUAUUUGUCAAAUAAUAAAAAAAACGAUAUUAAUCCUACAAAAUAUAUUUUGCUUAUUUCUAAACAUAAUUUAAGAAAAAUAAGUAAUAAUAUUAAAAAUGAACAAGAAAUUAAUUAAUGAUAAAAUGUAAUACAUCAGCAAUGAUUUAAGUACUUUGUAUAUUGUAUUCUAUAAGGCUAUUCACCUAAAGUUUAUCUCUUUUUUUGUACUUUGUUUGUUUUUUUUUUUAAUGAAAAAAUUGUGUCUGGCUUUGCUUCAGAAUAUCAAUUUUGUUGGUAACUUAUCAUUUUAGUAUCGUUUCUGUAUUUCUUCUAAAACUUUCUUUUUUGAGUGUAUUCAAUUGUAAAUAGUUUGUAAGAUUACCUACGAACAUGAAUUAUCGAACAUAGAAAAACAGAAAAAAUUAAAAUUAUAUAUAUUUAGUUAAUAGAAAG